AUGGACUUGAACGGGGCUCCCCCAACAUCCAAGCGGAAGCAUAGCGACAGCCCGCUCUCGUUGCCUUCUGCAAAACACCGACGUCCUGAUCCCGCUGCUCCCUCUUCCCCCAUGCCUUCCGCUGAUCAGACCCCCGGUGAUAUCACCAUGUACUCCUAUGACGAUGCGGACUCCGCUGCAGAAGAAGCUGCCGCCGCCGCCGCCCUGCAAAUGCCGCUCCCCGCCGUCGAAACUGACUCGGCGGAGUGGCAGGAGACCAUUGAGACAGUCGUAAAGAGCGUUGUGUCUAUUCAUUUCUGCCAAACCGCGUCGUUUGAUACCGAUUUGUCGAUGGCGAGCCAGGCGACGGGGUUUGUCGUCGAUGCAGAGCGCGGAUAUAUCAUGACCAACAGACACGUCGUGUGCGCUGGGCCGUUUUGGGGCUACUGCAUAUUCGAUAAUCAUGAAGAGUGUGAUGUGACUCCCAUCUACCGCGAUCCCGUCCACGACUUUGGUAUCCUUAAAUUUGACCCAAAGGCGAUUAAGUAUAUGCCCCUUACGGAACUGAAACUACGGCCAGACUCUGCUCGUGUAGGAGUGGAGAUUAGGGUUGUAGGUAAUGAUGCCGGUGAAAAACUGAGCAUACUCUCCGGUGUGAUCAGUCGUCUCGAUCGGAAUGCCCCCGAAUACGGAGAAGGAUAUAGUGAUUUCAACACAAAUUACAUCCAGGCCGCCGCUGCAGCUAGCGGUGGUAGUUCCGGCAGUCCUGUGGUUAACAUCGACGGCCAUGCGAUUGCGCUACAGGCUGGUGGUCGUGCCGAUGGAGCGGCGACGGAUUACUUUCUUCCGCUAGAUCGCCCACUUCGUGCCCUACAAUGUAUCCAACAGGAAGAACUUGUGAGCCGCGGAACAAUACAAACACAGUGGAUCAUCAAGCCAUUUGACGAGUGUCGGCGUUUGGGCCUCUCACCGGAAUGGGAGGCGCAGGUGCGCAAGGAGGCACCGAAAGAAACCGGCAUGCUCGUAGCGGAGAUUGUUCUUCCCGAAGGCCCGGCUGAUGGCAAGUUACAAGAAGGCGAUGUCCUGAUCAAGGUCAACGGUGAGCUGUUGACGCAAUUUGUCCGCCUGGAUGACAUUCUUGACUCUAGCGUCGAUGGAAACGUGCAUCUACUCGUACAGCGAGGCGGCGAAGAUUUGGAGGUUACUUGCACGGUUCAAGACCUCCAUGCGAUUACUCCAUCUCGGUAUGUUACCGUUGCUGGGGCCACUUUCCACGAUCUAUCCUACCAACAAGCGAGGUUGUACGCCAUUGCAUGCAAGGGUGUUUAUGUUUGCGAGGCGGCAGGCUCUUUCAAACUGGAAAAUACCUUCUCUGGUUGGAUUAUCGAUUCGGUUGACAAAAGGCCGACGAAGAAUUUGGACGAGUUCAUCGAGGUCAUGAAAACUAUUCCAGAUCGCUCUAGAAUUGUUCUCUCCUACAGACAUAUUCGAGACCUGCACACCCGUGGAACGAGCAUCAUUCAUGUUGAUCGUCACUGGCAUCCCAAAAUGAGACUGGCGCAGAGAAAUGAUCGAACCGGCCUCUGGGACUUCGCUGACCUUGCAGAUCCAAUUCCGGCUGAGCCACCAGUUCCACGAAAAGCCGACUUCAUUCAGCUCGAUGGCGUCAGCCAUCCCGCGGCCGCGGAUAUUGUACGAAGCUUCGUCCGUGUCUCGUGCACUAUUCCUGUCAAAGUAGACGGCUUCCCACAGGCUAGGAAAGUUGGGUUUGGAUUGGUUAUCGACGCAGAGAAAGGCCUCGUCGUAAUCUCCCGGGCUGUCGUUCCGUUUGAUCUGUGCGAUAUCAACGUCACUGUUGCUGAUUCUGUCAUCGUGAGCGCUAAGGUUAUCUUCCUACACCCUCUGCAGAACUACACUAUUAUUCAAUACGAUCCUACUCUUGUCCAGGCGCCGGUUCAGAGCGCUCGAUUGAGCUCGACUUACAUAAAGCAGGGUGCGGAGACCUUGUUCGUUGGGUUUAAUCAGAAUCUUAGGAUUGUUGUGGCGAAAACCACAGUUACGGAUAUCACCACCGUGGCCAUUCCGCCCAAUGCGUCGGCGCCCAGAUACCGUGCUAUCAAUCUGGACGCGAUCACUGUUGAUACGGGCCUUAGCAGUCAGUGCACCAGCGGGGUACUACUAGGUGAUGACGGUGUAAUCCAGGCUUUGUGGUUGAAUUACCUCGGGGAACGAACACAGUCUUCCCACAAGGAUGUGGAAUACCACCUUGGCCUGGCCACACCGCCGCUUAUUCCAGUGGUUUCUCAGAUUCAAAACGGAAUCAUUCCACGCUUACGCAUCUUGGAUAUGGAGACCUAUGUUAUCCAGAUGAGCCAAGCCCGCGUCAUGGGUGUCUCAGAGGAAUGGAUCGAUAAAGUUGCCAAGGCGAACCCUGCAAGGCACGAACUGUUCAUGGUGCGCAAAGUGGACUGUGCGUCCUCUCUGUCUACUGAUGUCCGGCCGCUGGAAGAAGGGGACGUUAUCCUCACGCUUAAUGAUAAGCUCAUCACCCGCGUGUCUGAGUUUGAUAUGAUGUACGACCAGGAGACGCUCGACGCGCUGAUUGUGCGCAAUGGAGAAGAGAUGCGUAUCAAAGUCAAGACGGUUCCAACAGAAGAUUUGGAGACCGAUCAGGCUUUGAUCUUCUGUGGUGCAGUGCUGCAGAAGCCACAUCAUGCCGUUCGGCAGCAAAUUAGUAAAUUGCACAGUGACGUUUAUGUUAGCGCAAGAUCUCGCGGCUCUCCUUCCUACCAAUACGGCCUCGCACCGACAAACUUCAUCACCGCCGUCAAUGGCAUCAAGACCCCUGAUCUAGACUCCUUCAUUCGGGAAGUCAUCAAGAUUCCCAACAACACCUAUUUCCGCCUCCGAGCCGUAACAUUUGAUAACGUGCCCUGGGUCGUAACCAUGAAGAAGAACGAUCACUACUUCCCAAUGUCUGAAUACGUCAAAGACACAUCUGCCCCGCUUGGUUGGCGAACCGUCAAUUAUGACCGUGGCAAGGAAGGCCUUGGGACCGGCGACGUGGCUAAUCUCAACGCCGAUGCAAUGGAUGAAGACUGCGAAGAGGGAGGUAACGACGCCGAACCAGAUGCGAGAGUGGUUCGUGGCUCCGAAUGUUGA